AUGGGACCGAAAUGCCCUUGUAUAUAUCCACCUCUACCUCAUAAAAACCUAAAGUACAUUUCUUUUAGGGAGAGAUCUCCUAUUGAUAGAAACCUAAUUAGAAAUAAGUUGACAAAUAUUUCUAAACCUUUGCUAACUAAAAUUAAAUACUAGUCCAGACCACCAUAACAAAUACAAUAUCAAAUAUUUGCUUUGUUUAACUUGUUGGGCGAAUAAAGUGAUUAGUGGUUUAGAAUAUAGAAAUUAUUGAAUAAUUACGAAUAGACAGUAAAUUAGUUAACUUAAUUGAACGUUAAUGAACUAAACAAAAAGCAAAUUGAAAGAUGCCAAUAUUGGCUUGAUGAAUAUGAUAAAUUAAAUAAAGACAAUCAGAUAACAGUUUUUGCAGAUGUUGCCAAGGGAAUUCUGAGCAAAAUUGUAGAAGUUGAGGAAGAGAAACAUUAAAUCUUAAUGAGAGAAUUAAAAGAUGCUUGUAUAAAGAAAUAUAACGAUGAAAACGAGGUUGAUGAAGUGGCCAUAUUAUAGGUAACUUAAGAAACAUAGCCCGAUCAACCGACAGUUUAAAAAUAAAAUGAUUAAAGUAUGGAAAUAGGAACAACAGACAAAGUCAAUUAAAAUGUGUUAGAAUCACCAACCAGGUCAACUAAAAAUAACAUAUCAAUGAAUCACCCUCAUAAUUCAUCUAUAUCCAAUAUAAGAAGAUUUCUUGAAAAUUCAAGUCCAAAAUCUCCUUUAAACUUAUCCUUCUGUAAAAGUUAGGAGAAAUCUUUUGGAGAUUUUAAUAAGGAAAGCACUUAAAAGUAACCAAAAUGUUAAGCCGUAAAUGGGGGAGGUGUAUACAAUGAUAUUAUUUCUUUAAAAAAAGAGUUGGAGAUGAUUUAGAGAGAUAUAAGUAGAUUAGAAUUUAAAAAUAAGAAGGAUGAGUUCCUAUUGAAUAGAUAAAAUCUAAAGAAUCAUGUUCAAAAAAGUAAUGAAGUAGUUCGAUAAGAAUUAUUGAAUGUUCGCGCUUAAACUUAAAAUGAUGAGAGUUUCACGGAUAAUUAAAGAAAAGAGAAAUUGAAGAUAGAAAGAAAUAAUUCAACUUUUAGAAAAGAAUUGAUUGGAUAAAAAAGUCCAAGAAAUGAGAAAUACAUUAAGUAUGUGGAAAAGUAUUCGCAAAAAUACAUACCGAUAUUAGAUAGAAUACAAUAAUAAGAAUAAGAACUUAGAUCUGUUCAAUCCCAAAUUAAAUUAGCUGACAAGAAAAGGACUAUGGAAGAGAACAAAUCGAAAAAAAUACUUUGA